AUGAGUGCACCUGUUUUCAAUGAGUCAAUACCCAGUGGAGGCAAUCCUCUGGAGAUUGACGUAAACGCGCCUUAUGUUGGACUCGAAUACCAUUACACUUACCUCGUCUUCUGUGGCUUCAUAGUCUGGCUAAUCAUCCCUGGAAUUGGUCUUCUUUAUGGAGGUCUUGCUCGUCGCAAGUCCGCACUUACCUUGCUCUUCCAAAGCUUGAUGGUGGCGGCGGUCACGACUUUUCAAUGGAUGUUCUGGGGCUAUACACUUGCAUAUUCUAGAACUGCCGGACCGUUCAUCGGCGACAUGGCAAAUUUCGGGUUGAAGAAUGUUAUGGCCGCGCCAAGUCCAGGGAGUGCUGUUAUUCCUGAAAUUGUUUUCUGUCUUUAUCAGCUACUCUUCUGUGCUUGUACUGUUCAGAUAGUCGUUGGUGGGGCUUUCGAGAGAGGCAGGAUUGUUCCUAGUUUGGUUUUUGGGUUUUUCUGGGCAACCAUCGUCUAUUGUCCUAUCGCAUGUUGGACUUGGAACCCGAAUGGCUGGCUCUUCAAAUUGCCGUCCCUUGACUUCGCUGGGGGUGGCCCUGCAUUCGUCCUUGGAAAACGUAAGCACGUAGGCGAUCCAAGCCACGGACGUCCUCACAAUACUACACUUGUAUUUCUUGGGACUGUCUUGAUAUGGUUUGGGUGGUUCGGGUUUAAUGGAGGAAGUGCUUUGAAUGCAUCUGUGAGAGCGAUGGUCGCCGCCUUCAAUACCAACACAGCAGCUUCAACGGGCGUCCUGGGAUGGGUGAUGGUCGAUUACAUCAAGCAUGGUCGCAAAUUCAGCGUCGUAGGAGCAUGUGAAGGCGCUAUUGCAGGCCUAGUGGGUAUCACGCCAGCAGCAGGUUACGUCGAACCAUGGCUUGCGGCAGUCAUUGGUUUCAUCACGGCUGUGGUUUGCGCUUUACUUCAAAAUCUUAACGAUUGGAUGCAUAUUGACAAGGGAAUGGACGUCUUCAAACUUCAUGGAAUUGGCGGAAUGGUGGGAAGUUUCUUAACCGGUCUUUUUGCUACAUCGAAAAUUUCUGCUUUAGAUGGAGUAACAAUUGCUUCAGGAGCCAUCGAUGGCGUUGGCAUUCAAGUUGGACGGCAGUUCGCUGAGAUCACAGCUAUUUCGGCUUAUUCUUUUCUUGUCUCGUGCGCCCUUUUCUAUAUUUUGAAAUUCAUUCCUGGAAUGCACCUGAGAAUCGCCGAAGAAGCAGAGCGAGAUGGUAUCGAUAUGGAUCAGUUCUUCGAGGAGCAGAUUGGAGACUGGGGGGUGUUCGAUGAGUUCAACAAGAGAAGUAGGGUUUUAGCAAUAUCUGCCCCCGGGACACCUCCAGUUGAAGAUGUCGUGGUCCCUAUGGACGGUGCUGGGAAAAAAGAUUAA